UAGAUCUCGCUAUCCAACGAUGAACCAACUGAUCUCCCUUUCCAUAGGAGCCCUGCUCCUCGUAGCCCUCGGCCUUCGUCCCGCCGCAGCCGAAAUCGACCCGGACGACAGUUGCAUCCCGGGCACUGUCGGUUCCAUCAAGUCCAACCUGAUGCGAACCCUCAUCAUCUGCUACGUCUACGGCUGUCCUGAGGAACUCACAUCGCAGAUCGCCGCCAACUUCAACCAGUUCCACCGCUACGAUCUGCGAGAUGAAGACGACGACGACGAUUCCGGAAAUAGUACGUCGUCUUCCUCCGGCGGCGGUGGCGGCGGCAAUGGCACAUCCACCGACGACGAGAAGGAAGUUCCCACAAGGAUUCUCACCAAGUUGGCGAAGUUGACGUCGGCGCUGGAGAAGGACCGUACGGCUGCCCUCACCGCUUGUACCGAUUUCGUGUCCCUGCUGAACAAACUGAUCGUGGACAUCCUGGACAUCAACGACAAGUGCUUCCUGGAACCGCAAGCUAAAUACCCACCGGACUCGGCGGACGAGGGUUCGAUCGAUUGCGAUGAGAUGACCGUGUACAUGAAACAGCUGAAGAAGUAUUAUGGAGGACAGUGCGACUCUAAGGGCAAGAACUGCCCGGAGAAGCUGAAGUCGGCCGUCAGCUGGUUCAGCCGAGCAUACAAACAGUUGGGCAAGAGUUGCUACUAUGAUGCCUACGAGUAUCUGGAUAAAUAGGAUGUUGGGGACUUCCGGUAGAAUGGGGUUUUAUGGAGAGGAUGACUUGGAAAUGGAUCGAACC